GCUAGCCAUGUAGAAAGCAGAUUGCUGCAGUGACUGAGAAUUGGAAAAUAUAAUAACGCAAAAUAGCAGUAUUGAAGAAAACAUAUUUAGAUUUAAACACACCCCAAACUGAGUCUCUGCUGUAGCCAUAACAACCAAGAAGCAUGGAGGACUCCGGGCGGGACAGAUGCGAUAGCCUGGAUACCAGCUCAGGGUUUGACAAAGAGGUGCUGAACCUUGGUGACCACAUAACCCUUGACCCUGAGGGCUCUGGCCCAGUUAUCAACCUUGAGCCCACACCAGCAGAGGUGGCUCAGUGCGAGGCUGAAGUGGGCACCCUGCUCAGCAUCAUUGCUGAACUGAACAAGAAGAUGGGGAACCUGAAAGCUCCAAGUGAACCAGGUGACAUGAGACCAACAGGUCCAUCCAGACCCCUGGUCCCAGAUCUGCUGUCUCAUCGGCUCGUCAGAAGCAUCCCAGAGAGGAUCACAGCCUCCACCGUGACAUCUAAACCUCCCCUGGCUGGCCGAGGGGGAGGUGGCGUUGUGUGGACAAAACUUCAGGAGGUUCUAUCAUCAGUGGAGCACUCCAUCAGCUGCAGAAGGACCUGGGCUGUUCCCAUCAGAGCCUGUGAUCAGGAAAAGCAUGAAGAGCACCUAAGAGCAGCUCAGGAAAACUGGAAUAAAGCCACCCAGAUACUGGACGAGAUGGAAAGAGAUUUUGGAAUUUCAUGCCCAUUACACCUUUCAAAGGACCAGCACAUAGAAGACCUGCUGGAUGUGGACAAACGGGAAUCAGGUCUUAGUAACUCCAUCCAGAAUCACCAGGAGGAGCUGCAGAGGGCACAAAGCACCACCAGUCUGGUGGAGGAGGAGAAAAACAAGCUGGUUGGUCUCCACAAGGCCUGGAGGUCUGGAAGCCUCUCCCCUUCCUACCGACCCACUGUUGGGGCUCUCAGUCCAGACUGGGCCUCUCCUCCUUACCCUGGUUCACCUUUACUUCACAGAAGAACAAACAGAGCUGUGACACCUCUGUCUUUGGUUGGGGAUGGGUGUUCACUGGGUUCUGUUAACUCAGGCAGUCCAUGUCCCAGCCCCAUCAGUCUGGAGUCUGAGACUGAGCGACUGAACAGAUGUAUUGAGAGGCUGAAGGCCAAAAAUGAACGUCUGACUGCAGCUUUGGAGCGAAAGAAGACAGAGUCAGAGCAGAUCAGUAUUGCGUUAACCAAACUUGAAUCAGACUACGCGGCCCUGCAGACGACUCUCAGAUACUGUGAGGAGUGUGAGGAGGCCUACAGUGAGCUACUGUCACUUUAUGAUGCCAAGAGGCAGCAGAGCAGUCCUCAGCAGACAGACUCAGCAGAGACGGUUGGCAAACGGCAGCAGGAUGACAGUCCAUCAGUUCAGCUCAGGAAAAUGGGAACUGAAGAACUUUCCACCUCCUUCUCUUCAGCAGGAAUCACAGAGGAGAUGCAAACACAGAGCCCCACAGGGCAGAGCACCCCUGAACUAGUGGAUCGGGAAGCAUUUCUCCAAGAACAAAUCAAGCGUCUGAGGAGGGACCGGGCAGCAAUUUCUCUGCCUAAGCCAGGUCCAGGAGUAGAAGGCAAAUUGAGCUCAGAAUCUGGUCAACCAGCUGGAACAAGAUGGGGACCCAAGACUAAGGAUAAACCUCCUGAUACCAAAAAGGAGAAAGCUUCCCUGUUUUAUGAACUUGUCUCUGUCAGGGAGGAGAUGUCAGAUCUACGAGCUCUAAUCCGACUCAAGGAAAAAGAGCUGAGGUGUCUGGAGUGGAGUUUAAUGGGCCAGAAGGCUCAGGAAGCAGCUGGAAUUUUUAUCCCAGAAAGGGUUCGGGAGGAAGUAGAAGAUCGGAAGACUGAACAACAGAGGCUCUGUGAGAAUGCAGCUAAAGUUGGUUGUGAUAGUCUGCUAACCAGACCCAUUCUGAAAGAGCUGCACGCCGUCUUACAGAGAGAACAAGCCCUGAAGAAGCGACUGGCUUUGGUCCAAGACUCUCUGAGCACAGCUCUUUCAGACAGCGUCUCCCACAGGAAAGACAAUGGAGAGCAGAUUGCUCGCCUCUCGCAAGCUCACAGUAAAGCCUUGAAUUCAUACCGGCAGAUUCGUAGGAAGUAUCGGGAGCAGGUGUGGAGGUUGGAGCAGAAGGUCGCGGCCAUGAUGGACAGUCAGCACAACCAGGGUGGAGCAACAAAAGCUGCAGAGGAAGCCUUAGAGUGGAGGAGGGAAGAGACUGUUUUAUGAGACACUGAUUGUUUGGGAAACGAAGAAGCUGUCCUUAUAGCCAAUUGUUAUUCAUAUCAGCAACACGUGCAAAAUCUGUUGAAUUUAAUCUCCACCUUAA